UUGUAUCCGCGAUCUCGUUCUGAUAACAUACACAAAUACUGAGCCUUCCCCUCCUGCACUGUGACGUCCAUCAUCACCUGCUUUACCUGCACUCUGCACAGCUGAAGGCGGAACAAGAUCUGCAUCAGACGGAAAACAGCAGAAGACGACGAGUGUUCCUGACUCAAACUGGUCCUCCAUGGACUAGUGAAGUGAUUCCCACCGUGCCGGUUGAAAGCAAUGUUUUUUGGAGCUGGAGGCCGUAGCACCAUCAGCCGAGUGUGUGUGGGGCCACCCCUCUCCCUCUUUCCCUGCACACCUCCUACCAUGGGAUGCCAACCCCCUGCAUCUCUGCCCUGAGCUCUCCUGGGGUGCCAUGAACAGCUACAGAGACAGAGGGGUGACCUGCACCUCCUCCGACCUCCUGGAUGGAGGAGGAGGAGGUUUUAUGCAGCACACUCCCUUUCGUCACACCCCCAAUGGCCACCCGGCACUUGGCCCCUGCGACCCUGCCAUGUUACCGCGCAUCUCCGUGCCCAAAAUGGGUGUUCGGGCACGGAUUGCAGAAUGGCCGCCACGCCGUGCACAUUCCAGGGAGUCGCUACUUGAAAACGGGCACCUUCGCUACGGAGACGACUGCUCCACUCUUUACUCUUCAGGUUUGUCGUCUGACAUGGGGCUGGUGCGGGGAGGAGUCGCCAGGCUACCACGGAGACGGUCUAAGGAUGUGGAGUUCAGAGGGGGAGGGUUCAGUGUUGAAAGAAAUCCACAUUAUAGCCUGAGAGUGUUCCCUCCACUGAGACAGCGCUCCAACAGCGAAGUGACGCUGAGCGAACAGGACGAAAAUGAGGUGGAGGUCCGUGGCGGUGGCGGGAUGGGGAGCAUGUUCAGAGAGUACGGCAGCACCUCCUCCAUCGACAUCCAGGGCAUCCCUGAGCAGAGUUUCUUCGACAUGCUGACUCAGUUCCACCAGGAGAGGCCCGACCAGCGCAGCUCGGCACCCGUACGACUCGGAGAGCUGCUGGGAGCUCCAGAGUCGCAACCAAGCGCACCCCUCCCCUCCGCUCCCUCACCUGGUCCCACAGGUGGGGAGGACAGAGGGACGGGAAGGAAGGACGGAGCUGAGAGAGUGAGGAAGAAGAGCGGGGGCACAGAGUCGUCGCUGGGCACCUCCUCUUUGUUCAGGAAACUUCGGAGCUCAAGUCGAGGUGAGCUGGACGGAGGGAAGGGAGAGACUAAUGAGGACGGGGGAGGCCGGGCUGCUUCUGACCCCUCCUACAAACCGUGGGUGUGCCCCAAGACUUUUGUCCACUUUGACGCUCAGAGCAUCCUGUUUGACUUCCACGAGGCGGCGGCUCAGCGGGGGUACGCCGCCCAGAGGAGGAACACCGCCACGGGGGCCUCAGCUGCAUCAGUGUCCCUGUCCGUCUCAAAGUCCUCGGGGCAGAGCGUAAACGAGCCGGUUUACUCCAGCAUAGAGGAUCUGACCCUGAGCCUGGACCCCGGCUCCAUGACCCCCUCCCUGGGCAUGGACCCCCUGGAUGGGCCUCCAGGUGCCCACAGCUCGAGCCACCUGCUCCUUUGCUGCCCCCACUUCCUCAACGAGACCGGGGGCCACGGGGAGCGCAACAUCAGCUUCCUGAGCUCCUCAGCAGAGCGGGACAGAGGAGGAGACGGGGGGAGGGGCUGGCUGAGGAGGAGCAACGCCAGUUUGUCGGUGCUCGAGGUGCCUAUUGAACAGCAGGUGACCAGGCUGGACAGACUGAAACUGUACGGCAUCGAGCAUGUAGACCUGGGGGCCCGCUACUACAGAGACUACUUCCAUGGGAAAGAGCAUUCAAACUACUUUGGGGCAGACGAUAAGAUGGGCGCCGUGGCUGUGAGCAUCCGCAGGGAGAAAUUGGAUGACACCAAAGACCUGAAAGACCAGUACCAGUACCGCAUCAUCGUCAGAACCAGCGAGCUUGUAACCCUGCGAGGCUCCAUUUUAGAGGAUUCGGUGGCGACAACGGGGAAGCACGGCACAGUGCGGGGUCUGUCGCUCAAGGAGGUGCUGGAGCAGGUGGUCCCGGAGCUCAACAUCUCCUGUCUGAGGCUGGCGCUCAGCACACCCAAAGUCACCGAGCAGCUCCUUAAACUGGACGAACAGGGGUUGAGUCAGAAGCACAAGGUGGGUGUUCUGCUGUGCCGAGCGGGCCAGAGCACAGAGGAGGAGAUGUACAACAACGAGGAGGCGUCGCCCGCCUUCUCUGCCUUCCUGGAGCUGCUGGGGGAGCAGGUGCUCCUCAAAGACUUCAGCAAAUACGCAGCACAGCUCGACACAAAGACGGACUCUACGGGCACCCACUCGCUGUACACCACCUACCAAGGCUACGAGGUCAUGUUCCACGUGUCCACCAUGCUGCCCUACAUGCCCAACAACCCACAGCAGCUCCUGAGGAAGAGGCACAUAGGAAACGACAUUGUCACCAUAAUCUUCCAGGAGCCAGGAGCGUUGCCUUUCACCCCGCAGAACAUCCGCUCCCACUUCCAGCACGUCUUUGUGAUUGUCCGUGUGCACAACCCCUGCUCUGAAAGCACCUGUUACAGUGCUGCUGUGACGAGAAUGAAAGACGUGCCUCCCUUCGGCCCCCCCAUCCCCAGCGGCGUCACCUUCCGCGAUCCAGAAACCUUUCGUAACUUCCUUCUAGCCAAAGUGAUCAAUGCAGAAACCGCAGCGCACAAGUCGGACAAGUUCCACACCAUGGCGACCCGAACGCGGCAGGAGUACCUGAGAGACCUGGCGGAGAACUACGUCAGCAGCACGCCGCUCGACACCGCCGGCAAGCUCAACAACCUCAUCUCCCUCGCAUCUAAGAAACGUGAGCGCUCCAAGGCGAGAGAGGGGGCGGAGCUAGGGGCCGCAGGGGCCAUCGCCUGGAGGGUCCACGCUCAGGACUUCAGCGGGGGGGGGACGGAGCUGCCCUGUGCCCUGGGUCUGUCGGCUGAAUACGUCCUCCUGACAGACUGCUCCACUAAAGAGGUGGUGUUUAACUGUUUCUGUGCGGACGUCAUCGGCUGGAGUCCGGAGCGGCUGACGCUGAAGAUCUUCUACGGGCGAGGAGACCACAUCGCCGCGCGCGUGCCGGAGGGGUUUGCACAGGACAUCCGGGAGGUGGUGCAGAGGUUAAAGUCGUUGACGGUGGGAUGUGAGACGGUGGAUAUGACUCUGAGAAGAAACGGACUGGGACAGCUGGGCUUCCAUGUGCGGCUGGACGGCACUGUGGCUGAGGUGGAGGAGUAUGGUUUUGCGUGGCAGGCGGG